ACAGUUUACCAUUCAUACCAGCAACCUCAACACCCUCGACCACAAGGAACCCAGGUUCGCACGGGAUCAUUGACAGAACCCAGUGGACGUUAUACACAUUUACUCAUUGACCUCACAUAUGGCAGCAAAUUCGGCUGAGGCGGUACAGGACGACUCUGAUGACCCGAGAGUCCAUGCGGAGGAACAAGGGAUGGACCUCAGUCGUGUCAGAGCCGCCUGGAAGGCUGCAGGCUGGUUAGAGGAGCGACGGGACACCAGACACCCAGGAGCUAAGAGCGGAAGCCGCAAUGGCAGCGGCAGUAACAGCGGUGGCCGCUCCGCUGCUUCUGCUGGCGUUCUCUGCGCUGCUGAACGACUCUGAUCUCCCAGACCCCGGUGGAGUCCCGUCUUUCGCCCAUCUCUCUCCCGAGAAGGUUUUACACGAGGUCCUCGCCUCCCAGCGCUCCGUCGAGGGCGAAAUCACGUUCCGCCUGCGCCGCGUCAUAGCCGAGCGUUUCAUUGGCAUAGCAGUAUCCCACCUGCGCCGCAUCUCGCCGCUGUUCGCCGGAGCCACCGUGGAACACGACGGCGGCGCGUACGAGCACACGCGCGUCUCAAACGUCGCCGAUUUCGACAUGUACACGAUGCUGAGCGCGGAGCCGCUGCGCCAGUUCGACCUGCGCGGUGACGGUAAGGGUGGGUUUGUGGUACAGCUCCGCCCCGGCGCGGACCGAGACCAUCUUCCCGAGGACCUCGUCCACAUGCUGACAGUAGACGGCCGUCUGGACGCAGAGAAGUUCCACGCGUGGAUGACCGAUCGUGUGCUGUACGCGCUCCGAAAGGCGGCUGAAGAGCAUCCCGAUCUGCGUCCGGUGGUGUACCAAACACGAGGCGCGCCCGGGGUCAAUCUGACUGACUACAGCGGAGCUAACAUCGAGGUGGACUUGACCGCUAAGCUGCCGGUGCCACCCGCUGGGGACGCUGUGCUCCGACUGGCGGCUCUGCGGCCCUGUGGUACGCCGCUGGUUCCGCCCGGCGGACAGCCCGUGUGGUACCUGUACCCGGGCCCCGGGCGCAGCGGAGGGGCGGAGAGUUUCAGCGCCAACGCGCCACGGCUCGAGAUGGUUCUGUUGGAGACCCAGCCGCUGCUACAGCGGGUCAUCAGACUGCUGAAGACACUAAGCAGCGUCCACGACUGGCACGACCGCUUCCGCGCCUCCUCGUUCCAGCUGAAGCAGGCAGCGUUCUGGUGGCGCGAGGAGCACUGCACGGAGACGCGCCUGCUGCCCGCCUCAGUGGGCGUUCUCCGGCGGCUGAAGGAGGCACUGCGCGCCCGACGGCUGGAGCAGUUCUGGUUCGCAGUGCCGACCGAAUACAGACUGCGGGAGGAGCUGCGAGCGGCUCAGCUGGCGGACGAAGUGGCACGGUUUGUGGAGGUGCUCAUCAGCGGAGACGCCGCCAGGGUUCGUCAACUCUUCGGUAUGUAAAGGGUCCGUGGAUGGACAUGGACGGCGCACUCCACAUGAACUCUUUUGUAUACAAGCUCCGAGAUCGAGCCCAUUUACGGUAAUGAACGGAAAGAACGGAAUGCAAUCCGUGCGAAGAACCAAAAAAGGAGGAAAAGAGGAUGCCGUUGAUGCCAUUAUUCGAUACUCGAUAGAAUACAAUCCAGCCUCAAACGCCAAAGGAUGCUUGCAAGAAAUACCGAAAAUGUAUAAUAAAAAAAGACACAUACUCA